AUGUCGACCUUACAAGGAUUCAGCAUUCCCUCCACCCAAGUCGCCGCGGUCGUACCAGCCAUUGGAUCCGAUCUUGAAAUCAGAGAACAACAUCCCGUCAAACAGGCUAAAGAUCUCAAGCCAGGAGAAUGUCUCGUCCACAUCUCUCAUACAGGUGUAUGUCAUACCGACUUACAUGCCAAGCAGGGUGAUUGGCCAGUCAAACCUAUGAACCCAUUGAUCGGUGGUCACGAAGGUGUAGGUACCAUCGUAGCUAUCGGUGACAACACACCCAACUCCCCCGUCAAACUGGGUGAUAGAGUAGGUAUCAAGUGGAUGGCAGAUUCUUGUCUGAAUUGUGAAUUCUGUAGAAGAGGUUUCGAAAUGAACUGUCCCAACGUAAAACUCUCCGGAUAUACCGUCGAUGGCACUUUCUCCGAAUACGUCGUCUCGUACACCAACCACGUUACCCCCAUCCCUAAAGAGCUUGACUCUGCUGGGGCUGCCUCCAUCUUAUGUGCCGGUGUGACCACCUACAAAGGGUUGAAGGUGUCCAACACCAAAGUAGGUGAUUGGGUGGCUCUUCCAGGUGCUGGUGGUGGCUUAGGUCAUUUGGCCGUUCAAUAUGCCAAAGCAGCUGGUCUCAAAGUCGUCGCUAUCGAUACCGGAGCCGCCAAAGAGAAGAUGGUCAAAUCCCUCGGUGCCGACGCCUGGGUAGAUUUCAAAACUUCUAAAGACCUCGUCGCCGAUAUCAAGGCGGCUACCGAUGGACUUGGACCUCACGCCGCUCUAGUCACUGCCGCUCACAAAUCAGGAUACACCCAGGCUAUUCAGUACCUGAGGGAAGGUGGUACAUUAGUCGUUGUCGGUAUGCCAGAUGCUGAGAUGGGUGCCAACCCCUUCUGGACCGUAUUCAAAUCGAUUAGAAUCCAAGGUUCUUACGUCGGUACGAGACAAGAUGCCGUUGAGGCUUUGGACAUUGCCGCCGCAGGUAAAGUAAAGGUUAUAUUUGAACAAAAACAACUCAAGGACCUCAAAGACGUUUACGAAGAUCUCGAAGCUGGUAAGAUUGCCGGUCGAAUCGUCCUUGAAGUAUCCAAAGAAUAG